GGCCGAUCGUGUUUGAUGCGCAUUCUCGAUCCAACCGAAGGCCCGAGUCGAGUCUGAUGAUGGCAAUGCUGGAAUCAUUUGGGCUGAGUCACAAGACGACCCAGAACCGCCUACGGUACGGUGUACCUUCGUCCCCUCCCGUGGAUCAAGCUCUUGUCGAGUUGAUGGGUCGCAUGAUUGACAUGCUGCCCGACGACACACUCACAACGUCGCUUGUCGACAUCUACUUUUCUCGCAUGGACUGCCUGACGCAUGUGCUUCAUCAGGAGGCCUACAUGAACGAGCUCGGCCGCAUGAUGUCGACGACCCCGCCUGGUCGACCGGCCGCCGUGCGACCGGGAUGGCUCGCCAUCCACCUAUCGAUUUUGUGCCUGGCCUUUCAUAUGCUAGAGGCCGGUGAAGCCGAUCGUUUCGGAGUCUCACAGGAUGAGUUGCAGCUUCGCGCACACGCCUACUACAAUGCUAGCCACGACCUGCUUUUCGGAGCUGAUUUCCUUACAAAUCACUCUCUCGAGUAUCUUCAGUGCAUCAUCUUGCAAGGUGUCUACUUGUUCAACACCGAGGAUGGCCCGGACCGACACUACGCUAUCGUCGGCUCGGCACUGAAGAUUGCGUACAACUUGGGAUUGAACAGGCUCGGUCCAGAAACGGUCCCAAACUUACAGUGGCCGCGAGUCUGGCAGGACCCAAUCCAGCGUGACCUCGGCCGUCGCGUAUGGUGGUCGCUGAUUUGGUACGACUGGCAAUUGUCUACGGUAUACUGUUCGACAUACUCGGCCUCUCCGGCGUUCAACUUUGCGGCGUUGCCAGGAAACCACGACGAGUUGCCCAUCACUGAUAGUGUCGGAGCCUUGCCCGUGGCUGCUCUGCCCAUCCAGGAGUACACGUCAGCCUCCUGCUUCAUCUUCCGACGACACUACGACACUAUCCAACGCGAAAACGUGGAUCACCGCCGAGAGCACGAGUUUGACGAGACCGAGUACGUUCGCCGGGCAUCCCGUCGGUUGGAUGCGCUUCGUUCUGUUCUCCCUCCGCACUUUCAAAGUCUGUCAGGUGCCCAGGACGCCGCUGCUCGAUUGGACAGGCCGGUUGUCGUUUACGAGUACUUCAUCUUACGGUCCAUUCAUUUAGCGCGAGUUCUCAGAGUCCACAAGCACCACCUGUUACUGAGCUACUCGGACCGGACAUUGUUCGAGUCUGGCCAGAAAGGUGCCGCCGCGGCCAAAGAGACACUGCUCGACUUCCAUUCCGCCUGGACGGAAUGCCCUCCGCUUCUCAACUAUUGCAAGUGCCGUGGGUUGACAGAGACUGACGUCCAAGGGCUAUUCCUAUACAAUGGUUACUUUGCCGCCGCCAUCAUGUUCUUUCAUCUUUGUUACGGGCUUGCCGACCACCAGCAACAAGCCUGUCGCAAUCUGCUACAACAGACAGUAUACAUCUUUCGACAAAUCACUAUCAGCACGACCGCCCGAAAUGCGGUCCACAUCAUUGAAGGGUUGUUGGCGGCGGAGAAGGAUAUGAGGGGAUCCUCGCCGUCCCAGACCGAGGCGAUACAUGACGCGACUGAUCGAACACGGUCAAAUCCAAUGGCACGGCGCGCGUUGGAGCGCAUCUUGGGCAUCGGUCGGCACGCAGAGGCAUCUGACAACCCCGCGACAGUCGAGAACGUUGUCGCGUCAGACCCGAUCAUCGACGUCGACUUUGCCUCGUUGCUGUCGGGUGGAGGCUGGGCGAGUGGGGACAUUGAUCCCUCAAUCUUCCCACCAGGAGGAUCCGAUCUAGACGCACUCUUGGGGCUGUUUGGAUUAGACCCAGCGGACCCUGCGCCAUACCACGCAUCUCCGUUUCCAUAG